GACGGAGCUGCAGGAGGAGCGGCAGCAGCACGGAGCUCAGUCCGACUCUCUGCUUCUUUCUGACGGAUCUACUCACCGCGCCUGCCUCGGAGCAUGCUGGGAUUUACAUGGACCUUUACCUGGCUGGACCCGGGACUCAUUAACCGGAUUAAUUUCACCUGUGUGUCUGCAGUUGGCCAUUGAGACCACCGGUUGAUACUGGGAGCUGCAGAGGAAAGCAGUCUGGGGAUUUGAGUCUGGAUUCACUUUCUGACCCGGUCCGUGUAGCCCUUUAUUCCCUGAACCAGGUCCCUAUAACCCCGUUAUCUACUUGGGUAACUGAACCAGGUGAUUCCUCUCAGUUUAUCUGACUCUGCUGCCUCAUCUGCUGCAGAGCGUCUUCCCGCACCAUGCUGUUCAGGUCCUGCAUGUACUCCGGACCCUGAUGCUGCAGAGACCCUAAACUCACACUGGAGAAUCUGACGGAGGAGAUGCCGCUGUCCGCGCCCUCCAGGCGGGACAGAGCCGCGGCUGACGCGGAGGCGGCGGAGCGGCAGCGCUCGGUGCGGGAGCGGCUAGAGGCCACCGUGUCCGGGCUCGAGGAGCUGGAGUACCUGCGGCAGCGGCAGGCGGUGCUGGUCCGGACUGCGCUGGAGCUCCGAGAAGGGAAGGAGAAGGACGAGGAGCGGCAGAGGGAGGCUCAGCUAAAUUCCGAGGAGAAGCUCCUGGAGGAGAACAUCCUGCUGCUCAGGAAACAGCUGAACUGUCUGAGGAGGAGGGACGCUGGACUCAUCACUCAGUUACAGGAGCUGGACCGACAGAUUAGUGACCUGCGAUUGGACACCGAGGCGUCACAUGACCAGCUGGAGAAUGACAGCCGACCCAGCUCAGGUUUCUAUGAGUUGAGCGACGGGGCGUCCGGCUCUCUCUCUAACUCGUCUAAUUCGGUCUUCAGUGAGUGUUUCUGUUCGAUGGCUGAAGCUGAUGGACGCCUCCUGUCUGCAGAUGAGCUGGCCAGCUGUUUGGAGUGUGACAGUUUGGUUGGAGGACUUUGUGAUGACUCGUCUUCCUCUGGUACAGUCCGCCGCUCGCUCUCGGCUCCUCACCCAGCAACCCUGGACCCCGUCUCCUUAGUGGCCGCCUGUGACUCCCAGUCUAAGUACCACUGCGACCUGGUGGCCCGGAAUGGCAGUGAGGUUUUUCGCUACCCAAGCCCGCUGCAUGCAGUGGCCGUCCAGAGUCCAGUCUUCCUACAGAUGUUGGGUCCUAGCAGAGACGAAGGGCUUCUAAAAAGCGUUGAGGCAGGUGUUGAAGGACUCAAACCAGAGUCUUCCCCUGUUUCCGCUUCUGUUUCAGCUCCUUUCGUAUCUCAGAGCUCCUCUUGGCCGGCCCCCUCUUCUUUUUCUUCCCAUACUCCUUCCCUUAAGCGACUGGACAGCUACAUCUACAGUCUGCUGCAGCGGAGGGCCCUGCCCGUUCGGACUAGCAGACCCAGAACCAGCAUCAGCACUGACCCAUCAAAGAGCAUCUUGAGGCAGGCCAGCCUGUGUGUGAGGCAGGUGUCUGGGUUCGGUUUAGGGACUCUGAGGGGGUCUGAAUUCAAAUGCUCCUGGACGGCUGGAGGAGCAUCAGCAGAAAACUCGUCUCCUCAGAGGCAGUGGUCUGUGGAAAGUAAAUCUGAGGAGCAGGAAACCCAGAAUGUUUUCCCUAAUGGCAGUGUUGAUACAAUGCAAAAUGGCUUCAAGAUUAACAACAGUGACUUGGCAGAAAACCAGAACAGCUCUUCUCUCAGUAUUGCCAUCCAAAAUGGCUCUUCUGUCACUAACAAGGAUAUUGAUACAAACAGUCUGAUGAAACAGAAAAGCAAAAGGUUUCUUCCUCCCUCAGCAGUGUCCACAGCUACUCUGCCUAAAGACUCCAGGGAGCUGGGUAUUCCCAAAGCUAACUUCUCUCCUAAAGAUUCCAAGCAGCCAUGUUACUUUCCUGAUCAGGAACUGCUCCUCAGAUCACCACCAGUUAUCAAAACAUCGUCAGCUACUCCCAAUAACAGCCUGAAGCCUCCCCAAGCCCUCCAGACAGAGAAGGUUGAUAGGUCAGUGCCGGAGAUAGCCAGUCUAGUUUUCUCACACCAGAGUCAGGAUGAAGCAGGAGGAGAGAGAGGAGAAGGAGAAGGGAGUCACAUGGUUAACGCAAAGUACUUUCUCGCCCAGCGGCAGAACGUCAAACUCCGCAAGGGUGGCAGCAAGAAUGUCAAGACUGUUAAGGCGAAGACCACCACAACCAUGAAGAUGAGUCGGGCCUCUGAACACAAUGAGACUACGUCAGAGAGAAGUAAUAAAUCCCACCACCGGUCCAGUUCUAAAAACAUCCGGCUCUUGGAAGAUGGAGGCUCUGUCAACAUUAAGGUCUCCAAGAGGGCAGCUGGUGGCGGUGCGCAUGGGGUGUCCACCUCCAGGAUCAAACGCCUUCCUGCAUCCAUCCCAGAAGGUAGAGUUCUGGACAAACACGCCACAUCAACACUAAGCAGUGUGCGGUCAGGUGCAUCCAGGCACCAUCACCACGGAAACCACCACCAUCAUGGUCACCACCACCAUCAUAAUCACGUACGUGACCAAGUCGUGGUCAUUGCCAAACCGAAGUACAAACGAAAUGAUUAUCGCCGGUUGCGUGCGAUCAUGGAGGUACCGUAUGACGAGGCGUUAAGGCGUGCGCAGCGGCGGCAGAAAAAGGAGUUGUUGAGCCAAUCUGCAGCUAAUGUGUACCUCCCCUCUGCUAAGGAAGUGAGCAGCCCAUACUCCUAUGUGGCGGGAAGUGACUCUGAGUAUUCAGCCGAGUGUGCAUCACUCUUUCACUCCACCAUCGUGGACACCAGUGAGGACGAGAAGUCCAACUACACCACAAACUGCUUUGGAGACAGUGAGUCCAGUGAGGAGGACUAUGUGGAGGAGAGCGCCACCACAAGUGAUACUGAAGAGAGUGGAGGAGGUGGGGCUGGAGGUGGUACCGGUGGAAUGGGCAGGGGGUGGAGCAAGUUAGGGACAACUGGGGCCAGGGCAGUGGGGCAGGAAAUGACUCCAGCUCAGGCGAAGGCCUUCGUCAAGAUCAAGGCCUCUCACAACCUGAAGAAGAAGAUCCUUAGGUUCAGGUCGGGUUCCCUCAAACUCAUGACCACCGUAUGAGUCGGCAGCAGGCGGAAAAACACCUUGCCAAACUGGACCAGAUCUGUUGGGAGGCCUUACCCAUGCAAUUCUAGUGUACAUAAAGAUGGAAAAGCAGCCAGUGCUGUAGCAGGACAGGUGCUGCAUGGUACACUUACGAGGUGGAAAAAAACACUUUUCUACACUGACAUUUCAACCCUAUCCAAGCCACUUUACCCUGAGGUACAACGGCAAACCAGUCAUCCAUCUUUGUAAAAGCAUGCGUGACAUUUUUCCGGACAAGAAAAACAGUUUCCCCUAACUUACUAUCUCCUUCAUAUCAUGUUUUAUUCUUUAGUUUAGUAUUCAUGAAGUACAUUUGACGCCUUCAAAAAACGGCCUUCAAUGUUCAUCAGUCGAGUCCAUCUGAACGACCCAGUAUUGUGUCAUGACUGCAGGUGACAAGUUGUGACAUGUGGAGGUUAGUCUCCUCUAUUGCCUUCUCUUCUCGCUUGUGUAUAAUUCUUAAAUGCUAAAAAACGAACACGGAGGAAUCUUGUGGUGUAUAAUCGUGUUGUCCGUAACCUUGCAUAGGUUCCAUAAGCCACUUCAUCUGCAACCAAUAUUAUCUUAUCAACAUCCUGUGUCUAAAUUUACCUUCAUGUGGAUCAUGUGGGGUUUUGGUUUCCCACGCCACAUACCACAGCACUGUGUUGUUCACAUGGACUGUGGUUAAACACAAUUAACACCAAACAUCUGAAGGCGCUAUAUAGCGUGAACUUAUAAGUUCCUAUAUCAAACAAAUCAACAUGGCUGCCCAAACAGUAAACUAUAUCACUUAGAGAAGUUUGCACACUUUUAUAAACAUUUUUAAGAUUUACCUAAUGUCAUAAACCGGUGGUUAUGUCCACAUGGAUCAAACUGUAUCUCCGUGCAAGUUUCUGGUUCUUACAAGCAGCCGAUCAAAUUCCUGCAUUCAGGAUUUACGCAGCAUUAGAUGCUUUUGGGAAACUACAGUUUGUAGAGAAGUGAAGGGUUGGUUUGGAAUGUUGUUUUAGCCAAUCAAAUUGGCUUCCUUCAUUUCCUCUCUUUCCUGGCCCAACAAGUGCCUCAGCCGGCAUAAACCUUGUUGACCUAAGCGGAGAAAUCGAGGUCUCAGUCUGCUUCAAACCAAAUGGUUGCUACGAGGUGUAGCGUGUCCACGUCUGCAGUCUAAGUCUUUCUAUCUGUUGACUGUUGACACAGUAUCCUCCUCCUGCUUCCCAAUGCCUUCCUUGAUAUCUCUCUAGCAACUCAUAUUGCAGUGGAGAAAUACUGGUUGGCUUAUGGGGGUCUCCAAAAAAUGGUUUUGGGGAACAUGUGUGUAACUAUAGAAACUGUACAAAUGGGAACAACAGCAUGCCACACCUCGAUUUCAGAAGUUGUUGGACAGUCCAACAAGCAUUGUGUUUGAAGCAUACUGAGGCCUUUUGUAAGAAGUGGGGCUGUAGUCAGGUUCUUCGGAGAGUUGAUUGGAAAGUUGGAAAGUUCUUCAAGUGGUUCCUCAAAUGUUUCUUAAGGCCUCUCCAGAAAGUUCUUUAGAAGGUUGUCCAGAAGGUUCUUCAAAUGUUCCUACAUUGUGUUGAGGUUGUAUCUUGCUGCAGUAAUCUCCUUAUUUCCUGCACUUUGAGACUUUGAGAUAAACUGUCAGUGGACAGGAUGGACGGUGUAACCUUAUAAUCUGUUAUUUGUAUGUAGCCUUGUUUUGUAUUUAUUAUCACAUGAACUUAGCCCUUCGUUGUAGCGCACCGACACGGCACGCCAAACGUCUGUAAAUGCUUCUCUUGUUAUUACACAGUCCUGAUUUACGAUGUUAUUUUUUUGAUGAAAGCUAUUUAAAACCUAAUAUAUUUGCUUAUUGGAUACCAGACAUGGUACUGACUGAAAGCUGGUCCAGCCGCAGUUUAUAUAACAUUUAUACACUAAAUCUGAUGUUUCUUUCUUAACACUACCACCACUGUUGCCAUGAUAACCUAUUUAUACAGCAUUUCGAUGUAUGGGUGAAAACCAGACCAACGUUUGUUGUUUUUUUAGUGUUUUUUAUCUGUUGAGUUGAAACCUCAUUGUGUGGUUUUGGGGAUUAGGCCUCUCCUGCUUUCAGAUCAGUGGAAUGAACCUGUUUCUCCACAAUGAGACCUAAUGUAAGCAGAUCGUUUUCUUAAUUCCAAAAUGUAUGCCUUGGAGAUACAUGCAGAUUUAACUGUUGUUUCAACUUCUUUAAUGUCAAUAUCAGAAUAUGUUACCGGUUUUUCAUCAGAACUGCUACAAUGUUUAAUAAAGUCACUGAAAUACUAUUAAAGCCUCCAUUUUAGGUGAUCUGGAUGUCAACACCAACCAACUGAACUUGGUUUUAGCAGAUACAGCCAGCUUUUCACCAACACAAUGUUCAAAUGUUUUUCUUUUAUUGUGAUUUAUUUCAAUUAUAACUUUCAUUAACAGUCCAGUUUUAUGUUUGUUUCUCAAAUGAGAUUCUGAUAUUUCAGAUGGGUAUCAGAUUGAUCUCUGUGUGUCCAGUCCAGAGCAGUCCAGCAUGUGGUUAGCCUAGCUUAGCACAAAGAAGCAGGAGGUAACUGCUAACCAGUAUAGCUACAAAACAGCUAGCACAAUCAAUAUUAUGUUACGUGUUUUAGGUUUUUGUAGCUACAUGGGUAAUGUUAUGGUAGCUAAAAUAAUAACAUUAGCUACCUAUUCCUAUCGUCCAAGUGUCCUAUGUUCUUAAUGUCCGAUGUUCUUGAUAUAAACUAACAAUGUAAGAGAUUUGUUAGGGUUAUUUUUGCAGUUCAAAUGCAAAUGAAUGAAGGAAGAUGGACGUUUCAAAUGCGGUUUAAAUAGAAAAAUCAGUUCAGCCACUGCGGAUUUAUCUGAAGAAAUGGGAAAACUGUCUUGCCCACAACAUUUAAGGCGUAUAACAUCUGUAGGCUAUAAGAUGUAGGUGGGUGAUUUCAACAUUUGACCUAGAGAAACAUACUAAGAGGAUAUUAAGGUGGGGAACAUAGGACCCUGCUUUCAGUCUUAGUACUAAGCUAGGCUAAACAGACAGAUCAAUCUGAUAUCCAUCUCCUCAUCUGACUCUGGGAAUGGUAGUGAAUAAUAAAAUGUCAGAGCGCUACAUUUAAAUUAGCAGCAGGCCCAUGCCAACACUCAAGCUGGAAAUUUAUUUGCUUAAAGCUCUUUAAAGUCAUUGUUCUUGUCUAUUUUGGUCCAGAGGUUACAUGUUCCAGAUAUAAACAGCUCCCACAAAGCUUUAAAAAGCCACAGAAAGCGUCUUUUCAGCUGUCGCGUUCCGUCUUUCUGUUGUUAUAGCUAUUUUGAGCUUCUGAUGACUCUGGAAACACUUUAUAUUUAAAACUUAACAGCCAAAAACCUUCAACCAAAAGUGAAACUUGACUCCUCGUCAGCUGUUUUACACUGAUCUGACUUUACUCCUGUAAAUGAUCAUAUAUGCAACUGUAAAUGACUGUUACUAAUGUGAGUGUUUAUAUAAUGUCUGUGUAUGCCAAUACUGGUGCUUAACCUUUUUAUGCUUCAUUAAAUGUGGACUUUAACAUCA